GGGCCCAUAUUACUAACAUGGCCCAGGGCCACAUGAAUUUCACAAAAUUAUUCAUAAAAGGUGAGCGGGGAAGCGGGCCCUCGCUUAUUCGAAAUCGAAACUCAGCGCCUCCUCCCCACAUAAGCUUUUGCGCUCUCCAUUCCUAUUCAUUCCCGCUGUUUUGAACCCCUCUUUUGUACUAUAUUUUUCCACAUUUUUGCUUGUUCAAUUAUGUCUACAACAGCGGCUAGUGAUAACGUGGAUCUCAACUUGUCACUUGGCGCUGCAGCAGCUACACUUCAUCACAAUUCUCCUUCGGCUUCGGCACUUGCUGGUGCAGCUAGCCGGAGCCACCGCAGUUUGUUCUCUAAUAUUCCUAGAAUUUGCUCGGAAUCUGUCUCCUUCUCCGGCAAUCCGCUUGCGUCUUCUACCUUCCUUUUUGCUCCGAAAAAUGAAAUUGAAAAGCCUGGGGAAUACAAUUGUGUGUAUGGAGCUGGUAAGAAGAGUCUUGCAGUCAACUAUUCUCCUCUUAAACAAGCAACUAGUGCACGUACUAAACAACCCAGUAAAGGAAAGGUUUCAAGAGAUGCCGUAUCCGCUGCUAAAGGAGUAAAUGCAGAUCUACUUGAUAACCUGAAUUUAGGUGGCCAUUAUCGGUAUGACAACUCGUUGGGCUUGUUGACAAAGAAAUUCAUUAAUUUACUUCAGGAGGCUGAUGAUGGAACCCUUGAUUUGAACCAUUCUGCAGAUGUUUUGGAGGUAGCAAAGAGAAGAAUUUAUGACAUCACAAAUGUCCUCGAGGGAAUUGGAUUAAUUGAGAAAACUACAAAGAGUCAUAUACGGUGGAAAGGGUUCCGGUCAACCAAAUCUCGAGGGCUGGAUAAUCAAGUAUCUAGACUGAAGGGGGAAAUUGCAUAUUUAAAUGCAGAGGAUUGCCGACUUGAUAACUGCAUAAGGGAAAAACUGGAGCAAAUAAGAACCCUGGAAUCUGACAUGGAUUCUCAGAAGAGCCUCUUUCUGACUGAGGAGGAUAUCAUGAGUUUGCCUCGUUUCAGGGAUAAAACUGUUAUUGCUAUAAAAGCUCCAUAUGCUAGUUCUAUUGAAGUUCCUGAUCCAUGUGAGGAUCUUGAUUUGGAGAGUCAGUAUAGACUUGUUCUUAGAAGCACAACAGCACCUAUUGAUUUGUUUCUCUUGAGCAAACCGGGUAGGCAGCAUGAGGACUUAACCAUCAAACAUGAGAAGCCCUUGGAUGCAUUGUCUGCUGCAGAAAAGACAGAUGAUGCUUACCUAUCCUCAGUACGACCUUGCUCUUUAGAUUCAACUGCCUCAAAGCUCUCGGGUGUUCACAAAAUAGUACCUUCUCAUGCCAGUGUAGAUGAUGAUUACUGGUUACUCUCGGAGGAGGAGGUCAGCGCUACCGCUCUAUGGGGUGCUCAAUAAUUUUUUUAAAAUGGGGUGACCUGGUUAUGAACCCCAUAUAUGGAUUCAAGAAGAUAUACACAAAUAAGGCUUCUGACAGACCUGUAAAUAUCUUCUAGCCAAAUUAUAGUAAGAAAUAUCUGGGUUUCAGGGAAAAUCCUGCACCUUUGGAGUAUAAUUAUGCCGCUGAUUUAUAUUAAUAUGGUUUACUGGAGAAUCAGUCUUGAGAUUAACCAAUGUUGGGACUUGAGACUAGGCUUAGAUAUUACUUCAUUGAACAUGUUUCGUUGGCUGUUAUGUAUUGUUUCUUGCCAGCAGCUUAUGCUAUACAUUAAAUGGUUCUGGAGAAUAUUAAAGUAAACUGUGAUAGUUGCACAAUUUUGUGAAUCUUAAAUAUCUAGUCUUUCUGGUUGCUUUGAA